GUCUGCUCCCGGAGCCGUGACCCGAGUCGGAGCCGCGUGUCGCAGCCACCCCGACCCCCCCACAGCUGAUCAUGCGCCGCCGCCCCGGGCUUGCCAGUCCCACCGGACUGUGAGCCCCCCCCAUUCCCCACCCGUCGCGGCCCGCGCGCCAUGGGCAGCGCCCACCCUCGCCCCUGGCUGCGGCUCCGACCCCGGCCCCAGCCGCGGCCCGCGCUCUGGGCGCUCCUGUUCUUCCUUCUGCUGCUGGCUGCUGCCGUGCCCAGGUCAGCACCCAACGACAUCCUGGGCCUGCGCCUGCCCCCGGAACCCGUGCUCAACGCCAACACGGUGUGCCUGACGCUGCCCGGCCUGAGCCGGCGGCAGAUGGAGGUGUGCGUGCGCCACCCGGAUGUGGCUGCCUCGGCCAUCCAGGGCAUCCAGAUUGGCAUCCAUGAAUGCCAGCACCAGUUCCGGGACCAGCGCUGGAACUGCUCCAGUCUCGAGACGCGCAGCAAGAUCCCCUACGAGAAUCCCAUCUUCAGCAGAGGUUUCCGAGAGAGCGCCUUCGCCUACGCGAUCGCUGCAGCGGGUGUGGUGCACGCUGUGUCCAACGCAUGCGCCCUGGGCAAGCUGCGGGCCUGCGGCUGCGACGCUUCACGUCGCGGGGACGAGGAGGCCUUUCGACGGAAGCUGCACCGCCUGCAACUGGAUGCGCUGCAGCGUGGAAAGGGCCUGAGCCACGGGGUCCCUGAGCAUUCCUCCCUGCCCCCAGCCAGCCAGGGCCUGCAGGACUCUUGGGAGUGGGGCGGCUGCAGCCCGGACGUGGGCUUCGGAGAGCGCUUCUCUAAGGACUUUCUGGACUCCCGAGAGCCUCACAGAGACAUCCAUGCGCGCAUGAGGCUGCACAACAACCGGGUCGGCAGGCAGGUGAGCGUUUCAGCCCCCUGGGCCUGCUGCUUCUCCAGGCCCCUCUUCUCUUCCGGAGCACACACAGUGCACAUGACCUAUAACACCCAGUCUGUUCG